AUGGCCCGCGGAGCGACGCCCCGCCUCGGCGGCCUCCUGGCGUGCGCCUGCCUGCUGCUCUGCGCGCGCCGCGCGCCGCUCCCGGGGUGCUUCUGCGGGCCCUGGGCGGCCGCGGGCCCGCCCCUGCGCGCCGUCGCCAUGCGCGGCAUGCCGACCAUGGGCACCGCCCCCGACGGCAAGGAGACCCUGCUGGAGAGGGAGGCGAGGCGCCAGGCGGCGGUGGAGGCGGAGAUCGCCGCCGAGGCCGCGGCGCCGACGGUGGAGGCGGACAAGCUCCUGAACUUCGGCAGCUCCAUCACCGGCCUGCUGAAGCCCCUCCUGCAGGCGCAGGCGAAGUUCGCCGCCGGGGACUACGACCGGGACCAGGUCCGCGCGGCCAUCGAGGCGGAGACGAGGUCGGCGCCCGUCGUGGUGUACACCCUGUCGCAGUCCCCCUUCUCGAUCGAGGCCAAGCGCCUGCUGGACGAGUCGAAGGUCGACUACAGGGAGAUCGAGCUGGCGCCCCUGUUCUUCCUGGCGGACGGGGAGAACGCCGCCAAGCGCGCGGAGCUCGGGGCGAUGACGGACCGCACGAGCAUGCCCCACAUCUUCAUCAACGGGCAGAGCAUCGGCGGGGUCUACGACGGGACGCCCGGGCUCGCCACGCUCGUGGAGUCCGGGGAGCUGAAGACGAUGGACAUGGCAUGGUUCGCGGCGAUCCAGGUGCUGGGCUUCGGCAAGGUGCAGACCAGCGCGCCUCACCGCUUCUGA